AUGGCGAGCGAAGCCAGACAACGCGAUCAUGAUCUCUUAUCGUUUAUGUCCAUUUUCCUCAUUACGCAUCAGCGCCUCGAUCUUUCUCUGACACUUCUCAGCGUUCUCAUCGACGACGCAAGUAUCGAUGUUCAAGUCCGAUCCAACAAAGGCGGCUAUUUCUCAGUCUGCCUUGCAAGAUCCAAGGAUUUGCUUGAGGCCCGCUUCCUCAAUCGCAACGAUGACAUAUUGCCAGAUGCAAGAACUCUCCCAGAGCUUGUCGCCGUCAAGAUUCCGCGGCCGGAUGGUGAUCUGAAUAGUGCUCGCAGUCGUAAGAUGUGGUCUUCCAUGGCUAUGGAGUUGCAAAUCCUGCGAAACAAGUUUAUCAAGAAUCAUCCCAAUAUCGUGCAGUUAUUGGGAAUAUGCUGGAAAUCUGUCAAAGAUGGAGUUUUGAUGCCUUCAUUCGUCCUUGAGGCAGCGGAAAUUGACCUGGAAAGGUUCUUGGACAACCCCAAGGCCCUGGAAUAUCGCAAGGUAUUGGGCCUCGCAGUGGAUAUUGCCACGGGCGUUCGGGCCCUGCACGACGUUGGUAUCAUACAUGGCGACAUAAAGCCAGCAAACGUCCUUAUCUUCAAGGAUCCCCAACUCACCUAUGUCGCCAAAAUCGCCGACUUUGGAUCAUCUCUCCUUCGAUCAGACAUCAAAUCUCCCAUGAAACUGCCUUUUGGCUCAGGGUUCUGGCAAGCACCAGAAUGCCGAGACCAUCUAAACGGCGACCAGCUUACCAAAGCGGAUAUAUACUCUGUCGGUCUGGUUUUAUGGCGACUACUCGCUGGAGACAUGAUGCACUUAUCACUAGACGCAGUUAAGGAUGACGGCCUGACGAGAGAUGCAUUCUUCGAACAGAUGAAACGAAAUGACGAGUUGAGAAUUCCAGCUUUGGUUCAUCAUUGCAUUAUGUGCUUGGAAGAUAUCCUCGGCCCCGAUGAGAAAACAGAGCCCUCGAGAAGCAUGUAUUCAAUCCACAAAGUGGUUGACGACAUGGCAUCUGUUAUCAUGAUGACAUUGAUCCAGCCGAAAUCUCGAUCCGAUAUCAAAGCACUGCUGGAGAACCUGCGAAUCGUUAUGCACCAGUAUCUCAUAUGGGAAGAGUUCCGUAGCAUCUAUUCCGAUGACUUCAAAAAGAGUGGACCUAUUAAAAUGAACCCGCAAGAGCAGGACAUAUGGCUCCAGCCAGGCCUUGAUGAGCCAACCGAGGACGAUGUAAAGAGAGUCCUGCGUCUAGGAAGGUCGACGGAGUGGCUCAAUCAGUCUUUCAGUCGUAUCAGACUCGGUGGCUCGGUUGCUGAUGUCCCUGGAAUGGAUCAGAUACCUGAGAGUGUUGCCGCUACUCAUGUUGCGGAAACUUGGAUGCGAUGGCGAAAGCUAAGAGAUCCGAAGCCCGACGAGGCUAUAGCCCUUCGCCCAGGACGAGCGAUACUAGAGGCAGACUCUUCCAUGGGGACACUGAGGGUCUUGCCACCCGAGAUCAUAAGUAAUGUCAUGCGAGAGGUAAAGCGAGUUGCACAAGACCCUAAAGAAGACCAAACUCGCCGCACAGAAGCAGCAUGGCAGUGCGCAAUGUUCUAUCUUCGAACAGUUCAGCUCCACCCCAAAAGUCAAGGCACAAUCGAUGAAUCACUCUCACUGCUUCUUCAAGCUGCAGAAGGAGGGCACAUGGGCGCUCGUGGAAUCGCUAGCCACCUGUACCAUUCUCUGGGGAGAGAGUUUCCUAGGUCGAGGGAAACAGAUCUGGCCUGGCUGCGAGAUGGCAUUUGCAACGGCAGUGAGACUGCGAAGCGUCGCCUGCAGUCUCUAGACCCAGAGUUGUAUACCCGAGCAAUCGACCUACUGCGUACACGGUACUCUGGUCUUGGACUUGAGACCCCACCACAGUACUGGGAUCAAGAGACACUCUCGGAUGACGAACUAUUUCGCGAGACUCGAAUCCGUCACCGGAUUGGCAUGGACGCUAAUCAGGAACAAACUGUACUUCUCUGUGCAACAUCUAACCGUCUUGAGCUCUUGAAACAAUUGACCGAGCAUGGCUUUGUCAACGUCAACCACGUCAACGAAUGGAACGAGUCUCCUCUUUUAUGGGCUUCAAGAGCUGGGCAUAGAGACGUUGUCUUUCACCUUUUGGAUUGCGGUGCUGAUCCCUCGGUCAGUAGCGACGAAGGGACUGCUCCACUUCAUUUUCUUAGCUCUUUCGACGAUGAAGAUAUUCGUGAGGUGUGUCGACGGCUGAUCGAGGCUGGUGCAAAUCUCGAGGCUCGUUCAAACGCUGGACAUCGAUAUCGACGAGGCUUGGAUUCGACGUACGGUGAUGUUGAUGGAACGUCACUAACAUGGGCCGUCGCAGCGAAUAACAGAGCGGCCGUCCAGGCAUUAACCACCUGUGGUGCUGAUCCAUUUGAUCUUCCGGGCCUGGAGAUUUCGUAUUCUGAUACCUUCGGUGGCAUGUCCCACGUCUCUCCCGUCUGGUUCGCUGCGAUGAAUCACCAAUACUACAUGCUCGAGAUCUUAUUGCGGAAUGUAGCCAAAGAGAAGAUCAAGAAUUUCAUCGACACGUACCGGAGAAAGUUUGGAUCGAACGAUAUGUCUGGACAAGACAACCCCAUUAUCGCUUGGUGCGUAACUUAUGCUGCUCAAGGCAUAGGUAGAAGAAUUCUCUUCCAUGGAAAACAACACCAAGAAGCUUUCACCAAGACUCUUGAUAUGUUGGUGGACUACGGCGCUGAUACGGACGACGUCCACCGUCUGGCUGUUCAACACGGACAGCCAUUCGUGCUGGACUAUCUUCUCGGUUCUGGAAAGAUACCGAGGCCAGCACCACGGAAGUGGAUGGAGUUUAUUCUGAUUGCAGGGGCGACACAAGAUUGGAUCACUUUCGAUGUGCUGCUUCGUGACUCACAAGCAGAUGAUCUUUCAGCAGAACAGUGGCAUCUUUACUACGGAUCUUUCAGGGGUUUGCCGAAUAAUAUUGAGUAUCUGGACGUAUUCAGGAAACACAGAGACCCUAAAGCAGACUACUACCUUCACUACACCAAGGCCCUCAUGAGCGGAAAGUUCAUCCUUGCUCGUUGGUUUUACGACACAGGGAUGUGUGAUCUUACCCAACAAGUCAGUACAACAAAAGAGACCAUCCUGGGCUUACUCCUCCGUCGCUGUAAAUCCUACUCCAACGCGAUUCUUCAGCUCGAACAGGUCUUACAACUAGAUCUUCCCGAUUCGUGCUUCUGGGAUGUAUGUAAGAUGUCUGACUCCAGCUUCACUGCUCUUCACCAAGUUGUGUAUUUCCCAGAGUACCAGACCAGUAGUACUAUGGCCAACACAGCGCUGAGACUGAUCGUUCAGAAGUGGUAUGACCCAGAGCAUCUCAAUGCUCAAGUCGCAGAGGGAGAGUUUAGAGGGAGAACGGCACUGCAUAUAGCUGCGCUGACAGCCAAUGUCGGAGCCGUUCGGUAUUUACUCCAAGAGGAAGAAGAGUCCCUUGACUUGACGUUACUGGACUGCAACAACUUCAGCAUCGUGGACACAGCAGCUUGGGGAUUAAUGAGUCAGCAAAGUCGUAUCAAACUAUGGGAUCUUCCGACAGAAUACCACAAGUCAGCUGAUUUAGAUCACUGGCGAAGUGUCAUGGAGAUUCUAGUACGGCUGCUGAAAGCUGGGGCUAAGCCGAAUAAGAUUGGCCUUGCUGUGACGAGGACUGAGCAGGAGAAGAUCCAGGUUUUUGAUCUUGAGAAGUUCAAGGUUUUUACUGUUCCCUUUCGUAAGUCUCUUUACAAUAUAUAUGAGCUAGGGGAUGUUUCUGACUUCUAG